AUGAAGGUCAGUGGUAAGAUCCCAGCCCUCCAGGGCACGCACCCUGCAAACCCUGACCGGCCCCCACCCCGGCCCCGGCCACAGGACCCGGGCAGUGAGGCAGGGGAAGCCCCAGCCACUGCCGGCUGCGAGGACACAUACCUGCUGCCGGGGCUCGGGAUUCGCUCGGCUCUGCAGCGGCACUGGCCGCGGCUCGCGCUCCGGAGGCUCCCCUCUGCGCCCCCUCCCCGCCCCCUCGCGGCCCCACCGCUCCCUCCGCCCCUCCGCCCACCGCGCUCGGGGGCGCGCUCGGGGCGCGCGCGCGACCUCGCGCCGCCAGCUUGCCUGGGGCCGCGCCUGCGCCCUCGCCUCCCGCCGUCCGCGCGCGCGGGAGGCUGCGGAGGGGCCGCGCGGCUGUCUAGGAAACGGCGGCCCUGGCGGGCAGGGCUGGUGGCGGGAGCCGGGCAGGGGGCGGGGAGUCGGCCGCCACCGGGGCCCGAGCGGAGCGCGCCGGCUUCGUGGUGUGGAAGAGAUAGAGGCAAACCAGAAAGCAAAAAGCAGUUUCUUCUCUGCAAUCUAGGAGAAAAGACUUUCCCUCAAGGACAGAUCAGAUGCGUUGAAAAUUAUACAGGAGCUCGUUGUGAAGAGAUUUUUCUCCCAAGCUUCAGCAUCCGAACUAAAAGUGACCUGUUUGCAGCUUUCGUGGCAUUGGCUAUUCUUCUAGGAACUUUUAUCAUUGGAGCCAUCUACUUCCUUUGCAGGAACGGCCACCUUCAGAGAGCCAAUGUAGUCCAGUAUGAUAUCAACCUGGUAGAGACAAACAGUACCAGCGCCCACCACAGUCACGGAGAACACUGAGGAAAUAUCAAAGUGAACCAAAUCAUUGCUUCUUUGUUACAAAGGCAGAAAAUGAAACACCAUAAGGAAAACCACCCCUGAGCUAACAUCCAUGCCCAUCCUCCUC